AGCCACCCGGAAGCCGCGGUUCAUACUAACCUUAGGUGGCUCUAAGGAAGCCCAUCAUGGCGACACCCCCCAAACGGCGGGCCUUGGAUACUGUAGGAGAGAAAGUGCUGCGCUACGAGGCCUUUAUCAGUGACGUACUGCAGCGAGACUUGCAAAAGGUGCUAGAUCAUCGAGAUAAGGUAUAUGAGCAGCUGUCUAUAUACCUUCAACUGAGAAAUGUCAUUGAGCGACUCCAGGAAACUAAUCACUCGGAGUUAUAUAUGCAGGUGGAUUUGGGCUGUAACUUCUUCGUUGACACAAUGGUCUCAGAUACUUCCCGCAUCUAUGUGGCCCUGGGAUAUGGUUUUUUCCUGGAGUUGACACUGGCUGAAGCUCUCAAGUUCAUUGACCGAAAGAGUUCUCUCCUCACAGAGCUCAGCGACAGCCUCACCAAGGACUCCAUGAAUAUCAAGGCCCAUAUCCACAUGAUGUUAGAGGGACUUAGAGAACUACAAGGCCUGCAGAAUUUCCCAGAGCCAUCUCCCCAUUGACUGCUUCAUCCCAUCUAAUAUUAAAGAGCCUGAAUGCCUUGGAAUCACAUAGCCCUUCCUUUUCCCCUAAUUCUCACUGAUUGACUUAGUACCCUGGAGACCAAAGUUACUGGAAGAUGCAUCCUCUCUGUAGAACCUCUAAAACACCCUAGAGGUCUUGCCUCCAAUUUGUAUUUUCCACCUGCCUUUAUGCGUUGCCCUUUUUUGUCAUCUUUGACCCACCUCCUCACACUUUUAAUUCCUUUUCAUAAAUAUUUGUAUCUGUGCCCUUUAUAUUACCAUAAAGAAUGUACUGAUUCAUGAA